AUGUCCACAGAUGUCUGGGUGGGGAGCUGGCGGCCUCACCGGCCCCGGGGGCCGAUCGCCGCCCUGUACAGCAGCCCGGGGCCCAAAUAUGGACUCCCAACAAACGUCGGCUUUCAGCAGCACGACCCCUCCCGCUAUCGUGCCCCCGCGUACAGCUUCGGCACCCGCCGGUUCCAGGUGCAAGAGAGCUGCUCGCCCGGCCCGGGCUACCUGGUGCCGGCCAACAUGACCAUGAGGGGCAGGGACGGCAUCCCCGCGUACUCCAUCUACGGGCGGCCCAGGGAUGUCGCCACCUUCACGACUCCGGGGCCCGGUCGCUAUUCCCCGGAGAAAGCGGGGAGGUGGACGUACCCCUCUGCCCCCAUUUACUCGCUGGCUUCACGGACGAAGGACUUUGAGAACGACCAGACGCCGGGGCCUGCGGCCUACGGGCUCCCCCCGGUGCUUGGGCCCAAGCUGGUCAGCAAGAGCUCGGCCCCCAACUACUCCAUCUUCGGACGCAGCGCCGUCGGCAGCUUCUACGAGGACUUGAGCAAGACUCCGGGGCCCUGCAACUACCGCAUGGUGGACCCCAGCGUGUACAAGACCCGCCCGCCGCACUUCAGCAUCCUCGCGCGGAAUAUGCCUCCAGGGGACAACACGGUAAAGCCAGGCCCGGGGGCCUACAGUCCCGAGAAGUACCCCCAGAACCGCGGUGGCCUGACCUUCGGGAUCCGCCACUCGGACUACAUGGCUCCUCUCAUUGUGGACGUGUCGGAAUAAGCCGGCCCCGC